AAGUGUUGCUUGACGAUACCGCAGCGGCCUCUCGUGGGCUUUCUGUUAGCAUGACAACGCUGACGUUGGUGCUGAGUUCAAGAUACAGGGCGGCAGCCUCGUGUGAAUGCACCGCGAGGACAUUAACGUUAGUUUGAGGAUGUCAUCAGAACUGCACUAUUAAUUUGCCUUACGGCGAACAGUGGGUAAUGGCAACAAACAAGGAAGCAAUUCCUCAGUGGAAAACAACAAUAAUAGUCAGCACGUCACUCCAGGUAACGUUAACGAACCAUGACACAAUCAGGAUGAUUAGCGCGCAGCAGCACCACCGAAUCAGAUUUUCAUACAGUGUUGAGUCCGGAGCCUUUAUUUUUCCUCUGUCAGGUACAGCGUUUCUUUUGGUUGACCCUCAAGACCUCCUGGAGCAUUUUGAGGAAUCUGAACUCAUUAAGAGGAUAAAGACAUUUGUGCAAGUACACCGGAACAGCUUUCUACUUCUAUAUGCCCCCUUUAAUGGGAAAAAGGAAUUGGAAAUCUUGUCGGUGAUUCAACAGAGAUUCUUUGGCAGCAAUCUCAGGAUCCUGCCUGUGCGAAACAAUGCAGAGAUUGUCAAAGGAAUGUUGACAAUUGCCAAGGCCACCAGUAAGCCCCAUGUAGACAGUAUCCGUGACCGGAUGUCUCUGGCUCGAGCUCACAUCAUUGAAAGCAGUCCUGUGUGGGAGAUGCUUAGAGACAUUCCAUAAAGCUCAGCAUAUAAUCCAGCAUUUUUUUCACACAUUUCACACUUUUCACAUGUUGUUUUAUUUGAUGCUAUGAUUUGAACAGUACAAGCUUUACAUUUGUUUACAAUAACUUUGGCAUAUAAAAGAAAAUAAUUGUAAUCAAUGCAUGUUUCUGUAUCGGCCAAACAGAGCAAAUCAAGUAAAACUGUGUUUAUAAAAAUAACCCAGAAGUGACACUUGAGCCCCUCGAUUUAGUUUGAGAUCUUCAGCUUUUCCUCUGUGAUCUCUUCGAUACGGACUAUAAGACUCUCCAUCAGGUCAAAUGUCACCAAAGCACUCUGCAACACCUGUGACGCAAGAGAAUAGUCAGCUUGCUGCUCUUACAUAGACCAAAAUCAAAAUGAUAGUUAAUAGGAAAGAAAGUUUCUGUACCUGGUGCUGGACCUGUGGGGACAUAUUGGACACUUUCUCAUGUUGCACUGUAAUGCUUUUGAGUAAUCUGGUGGAUCUGGCAGCAUCUCUGGCUUCUGAGGAGGAAAAUAAAGAUAGUUCACAGUAACUGACUAUUGUACCGCCGUUUGAACAAGGUUAUUUCAAUGGCCUUUUGUUACAUAGAGUAGGAGCUAAUGCCUACCUUUUGCUUUUAACUUUUGAUCUUCCCUCAGUGCUUUCAGUUCAGCGGAAUAAUAUCCUCUUGAAAUGCUGAUACACACACGGAGCAUUUUUAGGUAUUCGUCUUUGAUCCUGCACAUCUCUUCCCACACACCUGUCUGAAGGCAAGAGGAGUAAAGCAUCAUCAUCAUUUGUGCAUUAACCAGGCUGGCUGGCAGAAGAGCACUGACAGAGUUGAAUUAGACUGACUUACAGUUCUCCUUAGUUCUCUGUCUCUAAUAAGGAUGUAGCGUAGAAGAUUUAGACUCUCCAUUAUCCUGGAUCAACAAAGACAGGGCAUUGCUUAAUGGCUUAAUCUGGAAAAAGUGUCCCAGUUCUCACAAUUACAGACAUUUUUUUCUUUGAAUCUCUGUAGGAUAGUGGAAUUGUGAGAAGGCUGAGAUUGUUUUGAAAAAGAAAACACAGGUCACAGACGUCUGUAACUUAAUCAGAUCUAAAGUUGAUUGUGUCACAUAGAAUCAACAUUUAUUUAGCUUAAUUUUUGUUUGGUUUUCCGUAUAUUUUACGUCGGCCAAAACAUAUCGUAUAUACAUUGCUCAAGCUUGUAUCUUUUGUAUAUAUGUGGUUUAUGACGACCAAAUAAAGGCAAAAACUUCUGA